UUUUAGCGUCAUGUUAAGCAAAUGGACCAAAAUAUUUGGUCUACAAAUGGUCGACAAAUAUGUGAAAUAAGCAUCAAUAUUAUUUUAACACACUCCAGCUCAGGUGUUCCCGCUGCUGAGCAUUGUUUCGAUUUGCACAAGACAAGCCUAUUACAAAGUAGUCGGUAUUUCCGCAACAUGGCCGAAGUCGGGAGCGUGGUUUUACCUGGUGACCAAGUGAGACUUAUGAUAAAUACAGAAGAUUCUACCAGGUUUGUGACAGGACCAGGGCUUCGAAGAGAUUCUGAUCAGGUUACAGUAUCUAAAGCUGGGAUCUUAAAAUACAAAGAGCCCAAUAUAUAUUGGGUUGACAGUCGUCAAAAGCGGUACAUUCCAACCAAGGGAAAAAAUGUCAUUGGUAUUGUAACUAUGAAAGCAGGUGAUGUAUUCAGAGUGGACAUUGGAGGAAGUGAACAAGCAUCGUUGUCAUACCUAUCAUUUGAAGGUGCCACAAAAAGAAACAGACCAGACGUGAAAAUAGGUGACUUGGUGUUUGGCAGGUUGCUGGUGGCCAACAAGGACAUGGAGCCAGAACUGGUGUGUAUUAGCAGUAAUGGCAGGAGUAAUGGCAUGGGAGUGAUCAGAGAUGGUGGUUUCAUGUUCACAGUCCCCCUCAACUUAAUUAGGAAGUGA